UACGCAGACGGGGGGGGUUGGGUGGCUGUGCGGAUUGGUUGCUCAGCUCUGCUCGCCAACACAGCCAGUCCGUCUAGCAGGGCUUGUUUUAACAUAACUAGAGGGGCAUUUCGACAGCCCGCAAAACAACCAUGUAGUAAAAAUGAUAUUGUAAUUGCUAGGGACUAAGGUGGUGUACGCUACACUGACUUUUGAUGCACUAAAAUGGAAGGUUACAUUUUUUUUGGUCUAUUGGUGACUGUUUUGGAAAGGCCGCCGCUGGUGAGAUAGGACAGGAGGUGAAGGGGAGAGAAUGAGAGCUGUUGGUCUUUCUUGGCCUAGUGCUGCUGCUACUGCUGGGAUUGUGCAGAUCCGCUUUCACAAUUCGAAAAAAACACACGCUUCAUGCCCCAAUCUGAAAGACCCGCAGUUGGUUUUAUUGUGACCGACCUCCAAAUGGAAGGAGUCAUGACAACAUGAAUUCUUCAUACAGACGGGCUGUUCGGGGCGGCUCAGCUUCAGCCACAUCUUACAGCUCAGGCCAGCCAGAGCUGAGGCCCCCCAAUCGCCUCUCAGUUUCCGCCACUUCGUAUAGAAACCAGUGCAACAGCAGCGCCAAGCGUGGCUCAACAGACAAACCUUCGACGGCCAUGCAACUGUCAACCUCUGCCCUCAAACAGGCGCCUAGCUACGGGUAUAACCAGGCAGAGAGGGAAAGGCCCCACUGCUACAGUCCUCUGCUGAGGCUCCAGGACCUCUCCACUAUGGUACACAGAUCUGGGUCUGAUCUGGGACCCGGGCCCCAGCCCAAGGACCUUCAUGCCAGGAACCAUUUGCACUCUCACAGCCCAGUGGGAGGCUCUAGUUUUGGGGCUCCCCUGGUCCGACUGCCCCCCUCUACUGGUAACGAGGAGACAGAACCCUACGAGGAUUCCAUGCGGGAUCAGAACGGUUUCUCUCCUGUCAGUUCUGAUAGUUUGGAGCGCUGCUCCCCCAUCCCCAAUGGUUACCUGCAUUUCGAGUCCACCUUGUUUGACAGUGGGGACAGGGAGGAUGAGGACGAGGAGGAUGAUUUGGUACCUUUUCAACAACACUCUUCUAAGUCCGCCAGAGACAGAACGGUCACAGACUCUAACACCACUUCUGGUUCAGGGGUAGGCCAUAACAGCACAUACAAACCCUCUGUUCUCAACCUGAUGUCCAAGAGUCUAUCUGAACUGGACCCUACUCUGAGCCCCAGUGCUCUGCCUGACAUGUCCAUGGGAGAUGGCUGGAGUAUGGACCAGGACUCUGACAGUGACAGUGACAGUGAGAUGACAGGAGACACACAUGACAAUGGUCUCAUCUCACCUGUUGGAACCAACUCUAAUCCCAACAGCCCAAAGAAGAAGCCCCUCCCAGCAGUGCAGUACUUGGAGGGAGAUCUGGUCUGGGCCAAGUUCAACCGCCGCCCCUGGUGGCCCUGUAGAGUUACCAUAAAUCCACUGGAGGGGAUACACACACGCAUGAAAGUCCCCAGUCGUCGUCCUUGUCGUAUGUAUUACGUGGAGACUGUGGCGGAGAUGGCAGACCAUGCCUGGGUACCUGGGAAAGUUACCUACCCCUUCACAGGAGGAGAGCAGUUCACAGACCUGCCUGUGCUGAGACGGAGAGGGAAACAGAGGGAAAAGGACUACAAAUACACAAUACCCAAGCGUUUGUUGGAGUCGUGGAAAGUCAGUGUGCUGGAAGCUGAGUUUCUCCUACCUGACCUGCUGAAGAAUACUGCUGUCUCGUCUUCCAUGGCUUUUAACGGUGAAGAGCGGGUGUCCUCCCCACUGCCUGAUGAAAAAACAUCCGAGGCCCCCUCUUGUUCCUCCUUUAACCUCACUGCACCCCCCUCCCUCAGCCCUACCCCCAACAGAAACAAACAUCCCCCUGCUGCCAACCUGACCGUAGCGAACGACAGUAGCAGCAAAAAGAAACCCUGCCAGAAGAAGAAGAAGAAGAGGAAGGGUCUGGCGGAGAUCUUUGGUCAUAUAGCUGGAAGCCCCACAGAGUCACUAAGCAUCCUAGACCUGGCCAACCAAAUGCCUGCUGCCGCAGCUGAUCCACGGAAAAAAGAAGAUCCCAAGGACUCUCCAUACGCAGACCUGGAUUCUGUACCAACCAUUGUGCGUCCCAAACGGUCUGAGAAACCUGCUAAAGAAGACACAGAGAAACCAUCUGAACCCUCAAAAGAGGAGGCAGAGAAAGGGGGCAAGACUUCUCCUGAAAAGGCCAAAGACAGGCGUGUGGGCAUGGUGGUUCCUAGGCAUGAAGUUCCUAAAUCCUCAUCCCCAAGCAUUUUAGCAAAAAAAUCUCUUUUAAAUUACAGAACUACAAAAAACACAAAUGUUUUACAGUCAAAACAGAAGUUGGGCAGCUCUUCUGAACUGACGAAUAAAAAUGAUCAUGAUAAGCACUCUCUGCAUCUCCCUGCCAGCAGACGUCUGAUGACCAGGGCCCUGAAAGCAGAGAAGGAGACAGAACUCAAAGAGGCUCUACUGGCCUCAAGCCAAAACUUGAGAGACGAUAGGCUUAAUGUGCAUUCUUCUGAUGAUGAUGAUGUGAGCGAUAACGUUCAGAUCAGAGCAGAGUCGUCUACUAGCAGGGAUUCUUCACCAGACAAAGCCAGAUCCUCUGCUAGUCACAGCUCUCCUAAAAAACAGUCCAAGUCUGAUUGGAAGCGCCUCCACAACGGCUCGUGGAAAAACUCAGAAGAUGUGACUCCAGGGUUCAGUAAGCCUGUCAUACCCCCUAUUAAGGUCAAGGAAGAGAACAUUGUCUCAGACAUAUCCUCCUGUUCUUCCCCCACCUCCUCUCUCUCUCCCAUGGACGCUUUCCAAGAUAUCAAGGAGCUGUCAUUCAAAUCCUUAGUGAAGGAGGAGAGCGACUCCGGGGACUCUAACACUAAUUUUAAACCUGAACCUAAUUACAAGUUCAGUACUUUCCUGAUGCUCCUGAAGGACAUGCAUGAUACCAGGGAGAAAGAGGGCAAGCCCCUGACCAUGCCUCCCUCGCCAGACCUCAUCAAGGAAGAACCCAUGGUCAUACCCACCGCCCAACCACCAGACGACCCCCUUAACGCUCCUGCUGGCGGGGACUGGAUGCCGGCGGGGACCAAAAUCCAAAACGGCCAGCAUGCGAGCUCGCCAACAACCAAGAGAACACCGGCCAAACCCAAGUCUAAAAAUAAACCCAUCAAUAAAAACGAAACGUACAAACUUGAAGGGAAAACAGUGCUGGCUCAGAUGGUGGCGAACGCAGUGGAGAAGCAGCAGCGGAGGAAGCCGAGGCCUCCAGCCAAACUCCGGGCCACCAUCGCUGGUCUCUCUCCCGAGAUGGCCGACCUAGCCUGGGGGAGGGAGUUUGUAUCUGGGCACGCUGACCUGGCUGAGCCUGGCCUCGGCCCUCCUCUUCCUCCUGUCCCCUCCGCUGUUGACUCCUCAUCCUACCUCGACAAGAGCCCGGGUACCAAAGUGGCCCCUAAGAAGCGCUGGCAGACGUUUGCGCAGCAGGGGCCGGUGAAGCCAGGGAAGGAUGCAGAUGCAUUGGGUGGGGUGGCCUCACCGCAGGGGCCUGUGGAGGUGAAUGGGAUCUACAGAGACGGCCAGGGAGGGGCACCAGACCCCAUCACGUCCCAUGAUCUGAACCUGGGGAUGGAGAAGCAAGAUGACACAUCAGCACAUUCUGAAAACAAACGGCUGAGGAAACCCAGCAAAAGACUGCUGGAAUCCACAGAGGAGGAACAAUUCUUCUCCCCGAAGAAAAAACUGAAGAAACCUCUGGAAUCUUCCAAAACUCCUCUGAGCCCUUCCACAGUUCCAGGCCCAGCCCUGCUAACAUACACCUCUACCCCCAGCCCCACCUCCACCCCCACCCCUGGCCCUACCUCUGGGGAGCCAGCCAGCCCCACCCCUGGCCCUACCUCUGGGGAGCCAGCCAGCCCCUCCCCUGGCCCUACCUCUGGGGAGCCAGCCAGCCCCACCCCUGGCCCUACCUCUGGGGAGCCAGCUAUCACCACCUCUGGCCCUACCUUUGGGGAGCCAGCCAUCACCACCCUUGGCUCUACCUCUGGAGAGCCAACCAUCACCACCCCUGACCCUAACUCUGGAGAGCUAGCCUGCACCAAUGCCCUAGCAGGGCUGAAACAGAGUCUGUCUCAAGAUGUCCUCCACCGUGUUAUAAAAUCAUUAUCCAAACAACCCUCAGCAGUGACCUCUUUCUCUACUGAAUCAUCAUCAUCAGAUGGUACAAACCCUCCUCUGCCCUCUGCCCCAGUAUCCCUGGAGAGGAAGAGGCCAAGGAAGCCAUCUCACAAGGUCCUGGAAUGCACCAUAGAAGAAGUGUCACUCAGUCCUCCAAAGAAGAAGGAGUUGAAGAAGCAGAGUGGACAGACAGAGGAGAAGACAGAAGUCAGGGACACUCAGGUUAAGUCUGUGAAGAAAGAAGUGCCUGUAUCCAGCGUGACAACUCCAGAGAGCAUGGUUUCUCUGCAGGCAUCCUCCCCUGCCCGGCCCUCUAGCCCUACUGUGCUCCUCACCCCCAAGGAAGAGACCGAGAAGAUCAGUCCUGGGGUGGGAGGAGAGAGCCACACCAACGGAGAGAUAUCACCCAAACCUGAGGUGUUCUCUCCUGGUCUGAAUGACAGUUUCUCCCUACCUGGCGAAGGGUCCCUGGUCUCCAGCACUAAGAGGAACACAGGAGAGAAAGGAGGAGCUGCGUCCAUGAAGGAGAAUGUCUGUCAGGUGUGUGAGAGGACAGGUGAGCUGCUGCUGUGUGAGGGCCAGUGCUGUGGGGCGUUCCACCUGCAGUGUAUCGGCCUAUCAGAAGCCCCCAGAGGGAAGUUUAUCUGUAGUGAAUGCACUAUAGGGAUCCACACAUGCUUUGUGUGUAAGAAGUCUGGCGACGGUGUGAAAAGGUGCAUGGUGCCUGUAUGUGGGAAGUUCUACCACAACGAGUGUAUCCUGAAACACACACCCACCCAGCCCCAGAAUAAAGGGGUUCGCUGCUCCCUCCACGUCUGUCUGUCCUGCCACAUCACCAACCCCCUCAACCCCUGCACUUCCAAAAGUCGUCUGACCCGCUGCGUGCGUUGCCCUGUGGCGUACCACGCUAAUGACUACUGUAUGGCGGCGGGCAGCGUAGUCCUGGCCAACAACAGCUUCCUGUGUCCCAACCACUUCAUCCCCCGCAAGAACUGCAAGAACCAUGAACACAUCAACGUCAGCUGGUGCUUUGUCUGCUCAGAAGGGGGCAGUCUGUUGUGCUGCGAGUCUUGUCCUGCUGCCUUCCACCAAGAGUGUCUGAACAUCGAGAUGCCCGAAGGUAGCUGGUUCUGCAACGACUGCAAGGCCGGGAAGAAACCACACUUCAAGGACAUCCUCUGGGUUAAAGUGGGAAGAUACAAGUGGUGGCCUGCGGAGGUGUGUCUUCCUAAGAACGUCCCAGAGAACAUCCUCCGUAUGAAACACGAGGUGGGGGAGUUCCCCGUUCAGUUCUUUGGUUCUAAGGACUACGCCUGGACCUAUCAGGCCAGAGUCUUCCCUUACAUGGAGGGAGAUGCCAACAACAAGGACAAGAUGGGGAAGGGUUGUGACGCCAUCUACAAGAAAGCUCUGAAUGAAGCUGCUGAUCGGUUCAAAGCUCUUCAGGAUGAGAAGGAGAUGAGACAGCUUCAGGAGGACAGGAGGAACGACAAGAAACCUCCUCCGUACAGACACAUCAAGGUGAACCGACCAAUCGGCAAGGUCCAGAUCAUCACGGCGGACCUAUCGGAGGUGCCGCGCUGUAACUGCAAGGCGUCUGAUGAGAACCCGUGUGGCAUUGACUCAGAGUGUAUCAACCGCAUGUUGAUGUAUGAGUGCCACCCUCAGGUGUGUUUGGCAGGGGAGAGGUGUCUGAACCAGAGUUACACCAAGAGACAGUACACCCAGGUGGAGAUCUUCAGGACCUUGUCACGAGGCUGGGGGCUACGGGGCGUCUCCGACAUCAAGAAGGGUGCAUUUGUGAAUGAGUACGUGGGGGAGGUGAUAGACGAGGAGGAGUGCAGAGCCAGGAUCAAACAUGCUCAAGAGAAUGACAUCUGUAACUUCUACAUGCUCACUCUGGACAAGGACCGGAUCAUAGACGCUGGACCCAAGGGGAACCAGGCGAGGUUCAUGAAUCACUGCUGCCAGCCCAACUGUGAGACCCAGAAGUGGACAGUAAACGGAGACACCAGGGUGGGGCUCUUUGCCCUGGAGGACAUCCCCAAAGGUGUGGAGCUGACCUUCAACUACAACCUGGAGUGUCUUGGUAACGGGAAGACGGUGUGUAAAUGUGGAGCGUCCAACUGCUCCGGGUUCCUGGGGGUCCGACCAAAGAACCAGCUGUCUAAAGCACGGGAAGGAAGAGAACUGAAGGAGGGCAAGAAGAAGGUUCUGGUGAAGAGGAAGCCUCAGCUGGAGGUGACAAAGGAGAGGGAGGACGAGUGUUUCAGCUGUGGGGACGGAGGACAGAUCGUGUCCUGUAAGAAGCCAGGUUGUCCCAAGGUCUACCAUGCAGACUGUCUCAACCUGGCCAAGAGACCUGCAGGCCGUUGGGAGUGCCCCUGGCACCAGUGUGACAUCUGCGGUCAUGAGGCAGCCUCCUUCUGUGAGAUGUGUCCCAGCUCCUUCUGCACGCAGCACCGUGAGGGCUUGCUUUUCAUCUCUAAGAUAGACGGGCGGCUCGCCUGCAACGAUCACGACCCCUGUGGACCCGAGCCCCUGGAACCAGGGGAGAUCAGGGAGUAUGUACCUCCUGGGGGCAUGCCUCUCCCUCACCUCCUCACCCACCCCCAGGGUCUGGUCCCACCCAGGCCUGGUUCCACCACUGCUGGUUCUAUCUCCGCCACAGUUGCCCCAGGCCUGGCCCAGGACUCGCUACUGCCCCCUACAGGGAGCCUGUUCCUCAACACCUCCCAGACCUCCAACACUUUCUCAUACGGAUCACCUAGCAGUCCCUACAUGUCUGAUAGUCAAAUACUGCACUUCUCCCCUCCUUCUCCCCCCUCCUCCUACAAGGAUGAGAAAGAGGAGGAGGAUGGAGAGCUGGAAGACGGACAGGUGGAUGGGAUAGAAGAGGACGCGGAGGAGGACGAAGGAGAGGAAGAAGAGGAGGAGGAGGAUGGAGAGGAGGACGAGGAGGAAGAAGAGCCGAUGGAGGUAUUUGAGGAUGAGGAGGAAGAAGAUGAGCAGUAUGAGGGCGGACUAGGAGAGGAGGAGGAAGGGGGAGAUGUGUAUGAUACCUGGGGGGACUACAUGGAGGAGGAGCCAGAUGAUGAGGGGGAGGUAGAGGGAGAGGAGGAGGAGGAGUGGGGGAGGGUGGAGGACGAAGAGAAAUGAACUCCGUUUACAUCCCCCCCCCCUUGUGUCUUCCAUUCCUUCUUAGAUCUAUCCAUCUCUACGAAAAUACUGUUUCUCUAGCUCUCAUCUCACUAGAGUGACAUUCAGAUGGACAGACAAUGAGAGACAGAGAGAGAGAGAUUGUCCUGGUGGUACCAAGUGAAAUACGAAGCUGCCUUUGUGUUCGUACUGCAUAGCCUUCCUAUCCCCAGCACAGCACAGCACAGCAUAGCACAGUGUGGGCUGGACUAACGUUGCGUAAGGGAUAGGAAGUGGUGCUAAGGGGCUGGGAGGACUGCUCUGGUCAGCCUCUGGUCCUUCUGUUGAUAUGUUAUUAGUGUCUGGUGCUGUUUUUCUUCCUCUCAGAAAAGUUGUUUACAUUUUUGUUCUUGCUUUUUUUUUUACAAUUGGAAAACAAAAAAGGAUGGGCAACCUCACUCAGCCACACCCUACCUACACCGGCCAUGUUGCAAAAUAAAUGUACAAAUACAUGUUAUUCAAUAAUUUCAUCCACACUGCUUACACACGUCAACUAACCUCUUUGAUCCCUAACUCUAAAAUAGAACUUGGUUCUAUUUGAGACACUCAAUGCGCUGUAAGUCCCACAUCUCUCAUAUCCUUUUUGGUUUUCAAGAAGAUACAACCCAACAUGGUUGCUUGAAAGGAGAAACCUGGAGAUAUCAAUCAAAGAUAGCUAGGUUUCCCUUUUUAUCUGUGGAUUAUUCGUUGGAAUGGAGCGACACACAGCUAAGAAUGGGACCACAUGCAUGGGCUUCCGAGUGGUGCAGCGGUCUAAGGCACUGCAUCUCAGUGCUAAAGGCGUCACUACAGACACCCUGGUUCGAAUCCAGGCUGUAUUACAACCGGCCGUGAUUGGGAGUCCCGUAGGGCGGCGCACAACUGGCCCAGCAUCGUCCGGGUUUGGCCGGUGUAGGCCGUCAUUGUAAAUAAGAAUUUGUUCUUAACUGACUUGCCUGGUUAAAUAAAGGUUACAUUUUCUUUUUUUUUUACAAAAUGAUCAGGUAAAAUAAAAACCCAAUGUUCAUCUCCCAGGACAAACCGCUAACAACAGCUAUCUAGCUUAUUGUCCAUGAAUGUUUCAUGUGUGUUUCAACCUGGCCCCAAAUGAAUAUAGUUGGAUCACAGUUGGUUUUGUUAUUUUAACCUGUGUGUCAUGGCGUCUAGUUUGAAUAGACAAAAUCAACACGCGCGGGGUCGGUGUAGCCAUGGUGUUAGAUUUAGGAGCUCGACCAGUUAUCAAGAAUAAUCAACGAUAUGCUCUCAAUGAUCACUGAUUUUAAAAAGCCAUAACUAACUACUGGUUUGGACUUAUAACAUUGUUACAAAUCAACCCAAUGUUGAAAUCUAAAGUGCAUCUCUUGUGAACGGUAAAGAAAACCCUUUUUGUCUACUGCAAAAGAUUGUUGAUAAAACUCUCAAAAUCCCUGAUUUAAGAUCACAGAUUGUUUGUUCAUUACAUUAAGAUGUUUAUGGCUGGACAAACAGAAACAUUCCAAGAGUUCAGAACAUCACUCCUGUUAGUUGUGCGCACAUCAAUGUUUUGACCUUCAUUUAUGGCUUGUGUUACUGUUCCAUCCACAGAAUUAGAAGGAAAUGAAACACAUUCUAGUUCUAUGAUUCCAUCAUUAAAGGUCAUUCAACAGUCACAUCUGGCAGGAGAAUGUCUAUUGUCUGUUUGGGAGAUGACACAAUGUAUAUUGUGAGUGAAAGUGAUGUAUGUUUGAGUGCACGCACGUGUCUGCUGUUAUAGAAUCAAGCAAUACUAGUCAUGUAUUAACUCAUGGCCUGAAGAACAGUGCUUUUAGACUUUUUAAAGUAGAGUUUUAUACCUCUGAAUUGAGUGUUGUGGUGCUGUAAACAUUUUAACAAAAACCCCUUAGUAUAGACUCUUCAUCGUCUGGCUGGAAGGCUGGUUGCUUACAUCACUAAAAGUCAGUUAACUGAAGAGCCAAGCAGAAUGUCUCAUGUUCUCUGUCAUAACUAAUGUUGAUUCAUCGGGCAGCUUUUCCAACAGGGUGGUUUAUCCAUCACUCUGAAGCUGUGAAGUGUCCUGAAACAUCUGUACAUUUUAGAAAGGUUGUUCCGAGACCUUCAGUUCAUAACGUUUGUGUAAUGUUCUGCUGUAUAUGUUCUGCAUUCAAACAUGUAGCAGCACACUUCCAACGCACAAAACACACGGGUCCAUUCUGUUUGGUUGCUGGUUAUGUUAAAUUCCAUGAAAUAACAAUCCUUCCCAUGAGUCUCAUCCAACGUUUUUGAAAUGAGAACACUUUGCUACAUUUUCAUGAAUUCUAGAAUUGGUUAAAUUGAUGUUUAGAAUUAGAAUGUCAACUAUGAGAAUCACUGGACAAUUGGCCUUAUAUCUAAUAUUCAGCCUUUUAAAACAAUCAAUUGGGUCCAACACAUAUCAACUAAAUGAGAAAAUUAUGUACUGAAUUCCCAAACAGAAGCACUACCAUUUUUACAUGGCUUGCCCAUCAAUGUGUCAACAACAAAUCUUUCUGCCUCACCCUUGACAUCCGGGGCAGAUAAAUAGAUGUUUUUUUUUUGUUGGCUAGUUUUGUAUUUCUCAAACCAAUAUUAUCUUUUUUUCUAAUGUUUUUAUUUUAAUUUUUUUUUCUUCCGUUGUGUGUUUUGUGAUGAUGUUUAUGCCAACAGGUCUACUUCGAAGAGUUCUCUGGCCCCUCUCCUGUUUUUUUUAGAGAGCUGAAACACAACCGUAGAUUUUCUGAAAAAACGGGGGACAUGUUUAUUGAUGCCAUGUAGAGAAGACUCAUGAACUGAACUGUACUGUACUCCUUUGUGUAUAAUAAAUAUUAUAAGUAAAGUUUUACAAUAGAAAA